CCAGUUUCAGUUAUUCGUUCUCGCGAUUGCCAGUGACACUGUUGAAAAAAAAGAAAAAGUUCCGCGUUCUUUUCUGUGGUGCUGUGUUAUUUUCGCGCCUUCAUUAAAUACCUAUUUAUUAUAGAUUUUAUGAUUUCAAUAUUGUUGAGGAAUUUUCGUGUUGGCAACCGCAUUGCAUAUUUGAUCGACUUGAAAUUGUGUGUCUAUUAGUAACUGGAGUAGUUUAGUUUCUGUGUUUACUUUUGUUUUGUCAUUAAUCUUACGACAAAAUAAGUAGUCACUACAAGACAGAAAGAAAAACGACAAUCAACAGUUUUUCGUCAAUUUUCUGUGGUUAAUUAAGACUUCUGAAAACUCCUGUAUAAACAAACCCGGUGGUCUACUUGCUUCUUAAGAGAAAAAAUUAAAUUUAAAAAAGAAAAAAAAAACUGGGCGCCUUAAAAUAUUUCCGAUCUGCCUGUGGAACGCGAUGUUAAAUUCAGUAUGGACGCCGCUGACACAGAGUGCUGUUGUGUAUCGUGCGGCGCAAUUUUCUAACCUAGAAUUUUGGUUCGGUGCUCUACUAAUAUUGUUCGCGUGUGAAAUGGACUUAUUAUAUUUUCAUAUAUUGAACAUUAUGGACUUUUAUUUGUGAUAAAAACUAUUUGGAUGUAUAAGUACGUAGGAAUGUGUUGGUAAUGUUAGUAAAAGUGGAUAAACAUUUGGCAUAAUGACUUCGAAGUAGUGCGUGCAUUGUUUACGAAUAUUAAAUUUGCAUCCGAGACGAGCUUUCAAUCUGAGGUAUAAUUGGUAUAAAUCAGAAAUUAUAUCAUGAAUAAUCAAUUUCUCCAUUGUGAUACACAUUCUAUAUUGUUUUGCACAUAUAUUUUUUAUUAAGACGUGAGUGCGCGUAUUUAUAAAUUCAAACGGAUUUCUACCAAGAUCGUGAGACAUGAUACCGACUAAGCCACUGUUCGGAUCACAUUCCGAUACAUCAGCUAUAAACGUCAAACAUUUGGUAACAGACCUGUUCAGCCAGAUGCGAGAGCCUUCCCCGGGGGCCGCCAGCCCCAGGGGUUCGACGGGCUCUCUGAGCAGCGGCGCCGUCACCCGCAACAUCGGCUUCCAGCAGACCAACGGCUCCGAUCACCUGCCCUGGACUAGCCCCGCCAUAUCGCUGCCUGGCAACUGCAAUUCUAACCUAACAAACGACUCAUCAGGCUUAGUGCGAAGUGUCAGUAACGCGUCUGCUCUAACUUCGUUAUGCGCAGAUCUCUCGCCAUCUGACUCACAUUUCUUUGAGGUUCUUUAUAUCGGCAAAGUCAGGAUAUCACAGAGGAAAGUUCCCGAAACUUUGAUAGAUGACGCCCUUCACAAGUUCGCUCAACACGAGGCUGAGAAAAUCAAGAAUCAGCGGCGGCACAGUCUCAUAUCUUCUACCGGUACUUCUCUGUAUAGCAAUUCAUCAGAAAACAUAAAAGACGAUACGAAAUCUGAUGCAGUCAGUGAAAAUGUACACAACAGGAAUAGUAAUCUGAUGACAAGCACAACGCCGCUGGAACCUGACAAAAGCCAUGUUUGGAAAAGUGUAGAAAAUUUACAACAGACUAAAAAUCACCAACUCGUUAAAAGUGAAAGCAACGAAAUAGACAAAGAAUUUGAUACAUUUAGUAAAGAAAGGAUUGAGAAAAAUACUCAAACACGAAAAACUAGUCAAACCCCUUUGGAACCAAACGUGUUAGUACUAAACGUACCUACAAAUCUGGGCACAGUGACAGAAGACGAGGAGAAGAGUGAAGAAAUACAAUCAGUUAUAUCCGAAACUGCGUCAUCGAUAACGCAAUUUUGUCAAAAGAAUUUUAUAAAUUCAAAUACGAAGUCAUCUGACAAUGUUGCUACAGACACUAAUCCGUUUCGCAAAGAGAUCCGUGAAGGUAGCAAUGAUACAAAAAGUGUACACGUAAACGAUCCUUUGCUCAACAUACCAAUAAAAAUUAGUACUGCUGUGAAAAAAACCGAUAUAGACGCUAAAUCUACAGACAAUAUUCCAGACAGUCCAACAUCACACGAUUCUAAAACGCCAAAACCUUUACAAUUGAAGUUAAAUAGAAAUAAUGAUAAGAUGGGAGCGAUGCCGGAGAACAAACAGUUUCUAAGGGACAGAUCUGCUUCCAUUGGAACAUUGAAUUUGAAGACACCUAUAGCUCAUUUAAUCGGAGAGCAAAACAGAACUAUGCUUUUUCAGGUGGGCAGGAGCGAGCUGCGGCUGAUCAGCCCGGACCGCAAGCAGGUGCUGCUGCAGCGCGCGUUCGCGCACGUGGCCAGCUGCGUGGUGGGGCGCGUGCACACCGACCACUUCGGCUUCGUGUGCCGCGACACCUCCAACACCUCCAACACCUCCGACACCUACGCCUGCUACGUCUUCAAGUGCGAGAGCGACUCCAUCGCCACUGAACUUGUCAAUGCAAUAAGACAGGCGUUCGUGGCGCACGCGGAGCUGCUGAAGAAGUCUCGGGAGAAGUCUCCCAACAUGACGUGCGAGCACUGCCCGCUGCUGUGGUACCACCGUCUCUGUCAUGACAUCGAAGGCAUGAACGAGAAGAAGACGCACGCGUUCAUCUUGCGGCGCAUCGAGCAGCUGCCGGAGGAGGAGCAGGAGCUGAUCGUCACCAAGUACCAGGGCGGCACCAACCACAUGUAUGAGGUGAGCGAGCACAACGCGUUCCUGAUGAUGUUGCUGCGCGCGCACUGCGAGGCCAAGCAGCAGCGGCACGUGCACGACACCGCAGAGAACAGAUCGGAGUUCCUGAACCAGUACCUGGGCGGUAGCACUAUAUUCAUGAAGGCGAAGCGCUCCCUCUCCAGCGGCUUCGACCACUUGCUGAAGAGGAAGGCGAGCAGAGACGAGAACAACCUAGUCGUCACGCCGACUAAAAAGGAAGUACCAGGUGCGGGCGGCGCGGGGCUGGAGGCGAGCUGUGAGGCGGGGAGCGGCGAGCUGCACCCGCCAGACCUCAGGGCCAAGUCCAUGUCGCCCGCCGUGCUCCCCGACACAGACUCGCCUGGAUCUCCCUCGAUUCCUCCACCAUUGGAGGAGGAACCGGAGGAGUUGAAGGAUGACACCACUGCCGUCAACUCUCCCAUGAUGGAUAUCUUCCUCAAAGUGAGUGACUCACGACCAGCCAACACGGAGCCCGGCAGCGAGUCUGAUGCCACGUGGCGACAGGCCAUCUACGAGAAGGCGACGCAGCCACCUGACACACACGAAGAUGAGCUGACGCCGGGGGCGUUGUUAGGGCGCGCGUCAAGCACGGGACACGCGGCGGGGCGGCGCAGUCGCGACCAGCUGCGCCAGCUGUGGCGCAUGGCCAUCGACCAGACCAUACUGCUCGUGCGUAUGGAGAAGGAGAACGCCAGGCUCAAAGAGAGUGAAGAGUCGUCGGCAGUACGGCGCAUCAAGCUGGAGUACGCGGAGCUGGGUGCGUGCGACGGCGGCGUGGUGCAGAUGUGGGACUCCCUGCUGGCGCGCGACCGCUCACAUCCAGCGCCGCGCGUCGACAGGCACAUGCUCACGCAGGCCGUGCGCAGAGGCGUGCCGCGCGUCUCCCGGGGCGUGGUGUGGUACUUCCUGGCGGAGCAGGCCAGCCUGCGUCUGCCGCCGGCGGACGUGCGCGCCUGCCCGCGCUACCACACGCCCUACCGCGCGCUGCUCGCCUCCCUCACCAAGCACCAGCACGCCAUACUCAUCGACCUCGGUCGCACGUUCCCCAAGCACGGGUACUUCGCGGCGGCGCUGGGGCCGGGCCAGCUUGCGCUCUACAACAUUCUGAAGGCUUACUCGCUGCUGGAUCCUGAGGUCGGCUACUGCCAGGGCCUCAGCUUCGUCGCCGGCGUCCUGCUGCUGCACAUGGAGGAGGCGGAGGCGUUCGCGCUGCUGCGGCAUCUGAUGUUCCGGCGCGGGCUGCGCAGGCAGUACCUGCCCGACAUGAGCGCGCUGCAGGUCCAGCUGUACCAGCUGUCGCGGCUGGUGCGUGACGAGGAGCCGGAGCUGUGGGCGCGGCUGGCGGCGCUGGACGUGGCGCCCGCGCUCUACGCCGCGCCCUGGAUGCUCACGCUCUUUACCAGCCAGUUCCCGCUCGGCUUCGUCGUCAGGGUCUUCGACCUAAUCUUCCUGGAGUCUCUGGACGUGGUGUUCUCUGUGUCGCUGGCGCUACUGUGGGUGCACCGCGACGGCCUGCUCAUGUGCACCAGCUGCGAGGAGGCCGCCGAGUACCUCAAGCACAAGCUGCCCGACAUCGACAACAACAUCUACGAUAAGGUCAUGAAGAAGGUAGCGAGCCUGGACAUCAGCCGGCAGCUGAGCGAGUACGCGGUGGAGUACGCCGUGCUCAGCGAGGAGAUGCCGCGUCUCGCCGCACUCUCCAGCGACAACCAGCGCCUCGUCGCAGACAACCAGCGCAUGGCCGGAGAACUGGACUCGGCGAUGGCCGCCAUCGACAACUACGAGAAGACGCAGGCGCGGCUCGAGCAGCAGAACAAGGCGCUGGAGCAGCAGCUGGCCCUGCUGAGCCGGCACCUGGCCGCGCAGCGCGACCUGCCGCCCGACGUGCGCCGCGUCAUCCAACCCUACGCCAAGAAGCUCUCCUUCAGCUCCAAGAUAUUCUCCAACAAGUUCGCCAGCGAGGAGGACGACGACCCCAAGAGGAACUUCAAGACGGGCACCAGCGCACCCAACCUCUUCUCCAAGACAUCCAAGGAGGAGGUAAUGUCCGCGGUGUCCAGGGAAAGUACGAAAUCUUACCCGGACGCCGACAGAAGACACUUCAUGAUGAAGAAAUCUCAGUCCAUACACUCGGGCCUGAUCGCGCCCAGAAACUACGCGAUGAAGGUCCUGGACGAGAAGCCGGAGACGCAGCAGCAGUUCCGCUCGGAGAUCCUGUCCGAGUCGCUGCGGGAACUCGGCCGGAAGAGCUCCGGCUUCUUCGCCAACACGCACGAGCAGAUCCGGCAGGAGCGGCUGUUCGAGCGGCAGCUGAAGCACGACUUCGACGAGAACCUGAAGAAGCCGGACCCGAAGCUGACUCCGACCUCCUACCUCGACGACCUCAACAUAUUCCAGAGCAGGAAGAGUAUGUCCUUGAACUUGACACCCAGCACGAAGGUGCAGGAGACGAAGUCGAGCGACAGCGGGUUCGUGACGCCGCUGAGCCCGGCCGAGGCGGAGAGGAGGGAGGAGAGGGGGGAGGAGGUGAGCUCGGUGGUGUCGCAUCCGCUCAGCGACUGCGACGUCGACAUCAAGUUCGACGGACAGUCCACCAAGCUGAAGCAGAUCCGCCCGCUGCGGCCACACAACCGCGCGCUCUAGCACCCGCCUCCGUCACCGCACCCGCCCCCUCCACCACCAACAUGGUGAACAAGUCAUGUACUUCAACAUAAAACUUUCACUAGAUUAUAGAGUCGUAAGUAUCGCUGUGAGGAUGUUACAUCUGAAAACUAUAAAACAUCAAUUUGUCAUUGUAUGUUUAGUGAAAUAAAAUUACAAUAUGGUUAAUAGAGCUUAAACGAAUAACUUCUACAAUAAACACAAUGUGUUUAAUUCGCUAAGACAUUGUUAAAUUAUGUAGUUAUGCUCAAAUAUUCAAAAUCUUAUCUUUAUCCUGUACUGCCCGAAAGCUUACAAUUUUAAUUAGGAAAUAUAUACAAAUAAAACAUAGCUUAAGUAAAAUAAUAUAAAAAAACUUAAAAAAGCAUUAGCUGAAGCAAAGUACCAAAGAGUCUACGAAAGCCAUCAAUACUGUGCAAGUUAGAGUUAUUCAAAGAUGAUAUCAUGAGCUUAGCACAUAUAGCUUGUAUAGUUCGCCUUAAUGUUGCCCGAGUGUGUGAAGUUAGGUAUAAUCUUAUAGCUAAAUAACUUUAAAGUUUACUUCAACUUAUUAGAUUAACUGUGGAUGUGGAUAUAAUAGUUACACUACAUUUAAGGUUAGGUAUACUAUUAUAAUAAAGUACCGAAACACAAUAAAUAUUAUUAGCAGUAAAAUAGCCUUUACGUAACUUACGUAGACAUGUGAAUGCUGGUUACAUUCAAUUUUUUGUAAGUUUACGACGAGUGGUGUUCAUAAGUAAUAUAAAGAUUUCUGAUUUUAACUUUUAUUAUUCCAUAUGCCUAAUUCAAUAUAGAAAAUACACAAAUUUAUUUAUUUAAUGGAAAUACAAAAUAUAUUACAUUUAAAAAUUACGAAAUAUACUUCUUUUUUAAAUUAAAUAUAUCAGAGAUCAAAAUAUAUUUUCAAUUAUUUUAUGUCUAUACAUAAAUUACCGCGAAAUAAUUAUAAAAUACAUGUUUAUUUACAAAUUACACAUACAAUAAUUUCUCUCAAAUUUGGCGGGAAAAAUGCAGACACAUCCGCCAUCUUGCGUAUUACGUGUCAGUAGACCAUAUUAGAUAUUAUUGUUUAGUGCCUGCAGUAGAUCAUGGUGUUUGUUCGUCCUAAGUAGUUGUAAAUUAAUUCGUUUAUAUAAUUAUAAUUUUACGUUUUGAAUUCAAAGGUAUCUGUAGACCAAGAUAUAACAAACGAAGCUCGUUACACUUGUGAAAAUUUAGUUAUAGGUAGCAAAUAUUACUAUUCCCUUUAACUAAUAUUAGUGGUUUAAUAAGCAGAAAAUAUGUUCAGAUCUUUUAUUUUUCUUUUAAAAUUAUAUGUUAUUUAUGUGAUUAAAAUAUUGCUCAAAAUUAUUACACAGUACAAGAGAAUCAGUUUUAUUUUUAUUUAAAAAAAACUAUCAGUUGUAUAACUGCGAAAUGAUACGU